AUAGCAGCGCACGAAUAAAUGUAAACAAUGAAGCACUUUAUAGCGUUGGCUUUGAUCAUCGCCUCGCAAACUGCCAUAGCGUAUGCUAGCACGGGUGACCGGUCUCAGUACUAUCAAAAUUGUGUGAAAAGUUGUAAAACUGCUAACUGUACCAAUGAAGUGACAUUCACGAAGACUGCAGCUCUGCAGCAGGACACAUGGAGCCGGCUGCUGCUGUGGGGCUGCGGCGAUGAGUGCCGCUACCACUGCAUGUGGAAGACCACCAACCUGUUCCAGAGCCGGGGAUUUGAUGUGCCUAAGUUUCAUGGAAAGUGGCCGAUAGUGAGGAUCCUCGGAGUUCAGGAGCCGGCCUCAGCCUUCGCUUCACUGCUGAACCUGGUCUUCCACGUGUACAUGAACAAGCAAGUCAGAAGGAAAUUUAGAAGGAAAAAUGUACCUUUGCUUGGAUUCUGGCACAUGUUUUCUGCUGUGUGCGUGAACGCGUGGCUGUGGUCGACAGUGUUCCACACCCGGGACACGCCGCUCACGGAGUUCCUCGACUACGCCUGCGCCUUGUCUAUGGUCACCGCGCUGCUGCUGGCUGCUGUUGUCAGGAUCAACCACGGCAGCCGGCUGGUGUCGUGGGCGGCGGCGGCGCUGCUGGUGCUGGGGUACGUCGAGCACGUCGCCUACCUGUACUCGGGGCGAGUGGAUUACGACUAUAACAUGGCGGUUAAUGUUGCUGUUGGAGUGAUCGGCUCAGUGCUCUGGCUGGCCUGGUCGGUGUUCCAGUACUGGCGCGGACGCACGCACACAUGGCGCAUGAUGUGCUUCACGAUCCUGGCCGGCGCGGCGCUGUCGCUCGAGCUGCUGGACUUUCCACCGAAGGCGGGCGUUUGGGACGCGCAUGCGCUAUGGCAUUUGGCCACUGCGCCGCUUGUGCCGCUGUUUUAUAAAUUCGUGAUAGACGACCUCCGACACCUCAAGACUGAAAGCGGGAAGAAGAUAGUUUGAUCGUGUAGCGUCUACUAGUCAUUCAUGCUUUAGGUGGACUUAGUUUUCUGGAACCCGCGCGACAGCAACGUAUCGCGCACGAUGGACCUGCGGCACCCCACAGUGCACAAGAUCAUCACCAUCCACCAGGAGUACCCGCCGUGGCCCGAGAUGCAGGCCGUGCUGGAC